GUACGCGUUGCACGCGAUCUUCGGAAAACUGCUUGUGAUUUUUAAACGAUAAACGAAACGACUGACACACAUCCAACAACAAUAGAGUAUUACAAAUCAAAAAAUAGCCACAGAAAAAAGAGAGGAAAAAAAUCAAAAGCUAAAAAACGUUGAAUAUUUUUGUAGUGGUACUUUCGGAUUCUGCGCUUGAGUGUUGUGUGAGAUUUUUCUUGAAAUAAGUAGUGUUUGCUAGUGCUUUUAAAUUGGCUAAUUCAUACUAACCAUACUAUGCGAGUAUAUUGCUUCUAACAACGUUGCCCAGUUCAUCGUGUUUUUUCGAUUGCCUUUUGUAUUGUUUUUAACUGAAAUUCGCACGCGUAUCCAAUUAGUCGGAAAAGAUAGACUGUGAUCGAUAAAAGACAUAACGUAUAUUCAAAUAUUUUCAAUUUAAAAACAAACCGAAUUUUGAGCUUUCUGCGAAUUCAUACUUGUCAAAAUGGUCUCGAAAGGCAGCAAGAAAAAGCAGCAACAAAUUGGUUUCAGCAACAGCAAAAUUGCUGCAAGCACAAGCAGCAACACCUCUAGUUCCUCGAAAACUGUGGUGCAUACCGCUGGCACCGAGUCAGCAUCAACAAGCUCAUCGGCGGUGGAAGUAACUCCGACGACGUCGCCUACGUGGACGAAAACUUCACAGACACUGCAAAAAUCCGAGUCAGCGGCGAGCAACAAAUCGAUGCUGGCAACCACACACUCCGGCACGCAGUCGCAGUUGCAGUCGAAUUUGUUCAAGAGCAGCAGUAGCAACAUCAGUCACAUGGAGUCGAGGUCAGAGCAAAAGCAGCGCCGACAACAAAUUGAACAGCAGCAACAGCAGCAGCAAGAACAGCUGUACGAGAUCGUUAGUGACGUGGGCAGCAUCGGUGGCGGCCAAUCAGCGCCAAUCGCUUCCAUAACGAGUGACACAUUGAAAUCGACGAAGGCGUCAUCCUCAUCAUCCUCAUUUCAACAGAAAUCAGAAUACUAUGAAGAGAUCUCCAAUGAUUUUUCCAAUGCUAAGAUAAUAUCAUCCAUCGAUCUGCUUGAGAGCGACAAAAAGGAACCAGUUUUUUCGGUGCCGAUCGACGUCAUUGAGAUAGUUGGUAGCGGUAGCUCCAGUAUUGGCUACAAUUACAAUGAAGCUUACUUGACCUCUUCGAAAUCUCAAACCGGUAUCAUGACAAGCACGAGCAGCUCCAAUUUCGCACACAUCGAGUCCGCAAGCAGUAGCAGUAAGGUCAUUGAUGGUGGAAUUACGAUCACCGAUAUGUCCACCGAAAAUUCAAAGUCCAUUUCUUCCACAUCGAAUACAGCAAAAUCGGGCAAAGUCACAUCUACAAAUGUUGAAAUGACAUCAUCGGCAAACAAGUUUUUAACGAAUGAUGUGAACAACAGUAGCGCCGAAGUAAACAGCUAUACGUCGUUAUCGACGAUUGAUGGCAAAGCCAUUAAUGGUUCUGCAACACCAGUAAUAGCGCCGCUAAUCACAUCGCCUGCAAAAACACAACAAACGUCUACGGCAUUUACGAAAAGUACACAAAGAGCAAUCGAUGACGACAGCCAUUCCAUUACCUGCACCGCACACUCCGAAAUUACAAGUCAAGGUGAUAGUACAUCACUGACUGAAAACUUGAAGAGUGACGUAGUUGUAAGUGGUAGUAGUAGGCAAUUGGCCUCCAAUGUAACAAACAAAUCGACGAAAAAGUCCUCUAUAAUAGAGAAAAAUAUCUCUGAACAAACAAUUGAAGAAAGCUCACUGAAGAAAAGCAAGAGUACGUCAAGGAAGGAGGUGUAUGAUGUGAAAACUAAAAAAUGGACAGAGAUGAAUGAAAAGACCGGCACUGGCGCUACAAACAAAAAGCAGCCAACAAUCGAGCGUUAUGUUAGUCGCGAAUCCGACGGUACUUACAAAAUUACGUAUAAGAAAAAAAUAUUCGAUCAGCGUGCGAACAAGUGGAAAAUCGUCGAAGAGAAGACUGUGGAUAGCGCUCAUGAUACUCAUUACCCCGAAAUAGUUGAUGAUGUCAUCAAUACGACUACCACAACGUACACAACAAAAGUAUAUGACACUAAGACCGGAGAGUGGAAAAUCGUUGAAGAGAAAUCGUUUGUGGACUCAAAAGCUUUCGUGCCAAAUGACAUUGUUCGUGAAAUUGAAAAAGACAAUACUGAUGUGGCGAACAUAACUACUACCACUGAAGUAACAAAGAUAUUUGAUGCCAGCUUGAACGAUUGGCGAGUCCUAGAUGAGAAAACGCAUACCGAUGUGAUUGAGAGAAUCGUUGAAACGCCCAAAAAGACAAUUUAUAUUGACGAAUUUGUUGAAAUCGAAAAGAAUGUGCAGAUAACAGAAGACAGUGAAAAUAUAACCAAUGAACGUACUAACACAUCAAAACGCAAAGAUAUUACCACAAAUAUAUACGAUGAAGUUGACGACGUUAAGAGAGAAAAGCUGACUACUAGCGACUCAAGAAUCCGUGGAGUCGAUAAAAAAGAUACAUUUGGUUCAAAGCAUACGGAGAUGUGUAUUUGUGAAAUCUGCACUUGUGGUCGCCACCAUUGUGCUUCAAGCGUUAAGAAGACGGAUGCUAUUAUAGAGACUAUAGAUUUGCUGGACGAAUCUCAAAAGCGAAUAAGGUCCAACACUUGGUCUAAAAAGGAUCUCGAAGAAUCUCGAUUAAAACUUUUGUAUGACAUUGACGAGCAAGUCACUUUAAUAAAACCCGAGGACAAUUUGAAACCUGAGGGAGAAUUUUUAGUUCCCGAGAAAAUUCCAUUCCAACCAGCUGAAAGAACGGAACGCAUAAUUAGAAAAGACAACUUGCGCAGUGAAGGAGAAAUGACAUUUACGGAAAAAGAGGAAUAUCAAUAUGUAAUAAGGCCUCUGCCAGUCAAACCCACUGAUAACCUCAAAUCUGAAGGUGAAUUUUAUAUGCCAGAAAAAACAACAUAUGUUCCAGCAGAAAAACCUACUCAAAUUAAAUAUAAAGACAACCUAAAACCGGAAGGAGAUUUCUACACUCCCGACAAACCAGUCUAUCAAUCAACAGAGCGCCCGUUACAAAAGAAACCAGAGGACAAUCUCCGCCCUGAAGGUGAAUUCAUAGUGCCCGAAAAGAUCUCGUAUGAACCAGCGGAACAGACAACACGAAUAAUAAGAAAAGACAAUCUCAAAACUGAAGGAGAAAUGACAUUUGACGUAAAUGAAGAAUACACAUUUGUGUGUAGGCCGGAACAAAUCAAACCAAUUGAUAAUCUUAAACCAGAAGGAGAGUUUUACACUCCAGAAAAGCCUGGAUUUAGGCCUGCUGAACGGCCAGUUCAGAAGAAACCAGAAGAUAAUUUGAAGCCAGAAGGUGAUUUCUAUUCACCAGAGAAAACCAAAUUUCAACCUGGAGAGCGUCCCACACAAGUACGACAUGCUGACAAUUUGCGACCAGAAGGUGAAUUUUACACUCCUGAGAAGCCCGGAUUUAAACCAGCGGAACGUCCAACUCAAAAGAAGCCAGAAGAUAAUUUAAGACCAGAAGGCGAGUUCUAUAAACCAGAAAAGACAAAGUUCCAGCCAGGGGAACGUCCAACACAAGUUAGACCUGAGGACAACCUUCGCCCUGAAGGUGAGUUUUACACUCCAGAAAAACCUGGUUUUAGGCCUGCUGAACGUCCAGUUCAGAAGAAACCAGAAGAUAAUUUGAGACCAGAAGGCGAGUUCUAUACACCAGAAAAGACAAAGUUUCAACCAGGGGAACGUCCAACACAAGUUAGACCUGAGGACAAUCUUCGCCCUGAGGGUGAAUUUUACACUCCAGAAAAACCUGGAUUCAGGCCAACUGAACGUCCAGUUCAGAAACGGCCAGAAGAUAAUUUGAGACCAGAAGGUGAUUUCUAUACACCAGAAAAGACAAAGUUCCAACCAGGGGAACGUCCAACACAAGUUAGACCUGAGGACAACCUUAGGCCUGAGGGUGAAUUUUACACUCCAGAAAAACCUGGAUAUAGGCCAGCAGAACGUCCAACUCAGAAACGGCCAGAAGACAAUUUGAAACCAGAAGGAGAGUUCUAUAAACACGAGAAACCCAGUUAUCAACCCGCCGAACGUCCAAUGCAAAAGAAACCUAUAGAUAAUUUGAAGCCCGAAGGCGAGUUUCUUGUUCCGGAAAAAGAAAUGUAUAGACCUGCUGAAAAAAUUGAACGUGUUAUUAGAAAGGACAAUUUACGCACAGAAGGUGAAAUGACAUUCGAAACAAAAGAAGAAUAUCAGUUUGUUAGUAGGCCUAAUCAAGUGAAACCCACAGAUAAUCUAAAGCCAGAAGGCGAUUUUUAUGCUCCAGAGAAAUCUAUAUAUAAACCAGCUGAAAAACCUUUACAAAUCAGACACGAAGACAACUUAAAACCCGAAGGCGAAUUCUAUACUCCACAAAAACCAGGUUUCACACCCGCAGAGCGUCCAAUUCAAAAGCGACCAGAAGAUAAUUUGCGUCCAGAAGGUGAAUUUUAUGUACCAGACAAGCAGGAAUUUAAGGCUGCUGAAAGACCUACUCAAUUGAAACCUGAAGAUAACUUAAGACCGGAAGGCGAGUUCAUGAUUCCCGAAAAAGAAAUAUAUAAACCCGCCGAAAAAAUUGUGCGUGUAAUAAGGAAAGACAACUUGCGCUCAGAAGGGGAAAUUAUUUUUGAAAAAAAAGAAGAAUAUCAAUUUGUAAAUAGACCAGAGCAAGUCAAACCGGUAGAUAAUCUUAGAUCGGAAGGGGAAUUCUAUACCCCAGAAAAACCAAAAUACCAACCUGCUGAAAAGCCAGUGCUAAUUCGACAUAAGGAUAAUUUAAAACCGGAGGGUGAAUUCUAUACACCCGAGAAACCUGGUUUUGAACCUGCGGAACGCCCAACUCAGAAAAAACCCCAAGACAAUUUGAGACAGGAGGGAGAGUUUUAUGCUCCUGAUAAACCAGACUACCAGUCCACUGACCGACCUAUUGCAAAGAAACCUGAGGACAAUUUAAGACCAGAAGGUGAAUUCACUAUUCCGCAGAAAGCACCUUACCAACCAGCGGAAAAAGUCGAACGUAUUGUUAGAAAGGAUAACUUGCGAUCAGAGGGUGAGAUGACUUUUGAAACAAAGGAAGAAUAUCAGUUUGUUGUUCGGCCCGAGCAAUUGAAACCCACUGAUAAUCUAAAACCGGAAGGCGAAUUUUAUGCUCCGGAAAAACCGAAGUAUCAGCCGGCCGAAAAGCCAUUGAUUAUUAGACGUGAAGAUAAUUUGAAACCAGAUGGGGAGUUUUAUAAACCACAAAAAGUCGAUUUUGUUCCAGCAGAUCGCCCUUCUCCAGUUAAGCAUGAAGACAACCUUAAACCAGAAGGGGAAUUUUAUACACCCGAAAAACCUGGUUACCGGCCGGCGGAGAGGCCAACUCAAAAAAAACCUCUUGAUAAUUUACGUCCUGAAGGAGAGUUCACUCUUCCAGAGAAAAGCACUUACACUCCAGCUGAAAGAGCAGAACGAAUAAUCAGAAAAGAUAACUUGCGAACUGAAGGGGAGAUGAUAUUUGAAGUAAAAGAAGAUUAUCAAUUUGUUAAUAGACCUGAGCAAGUCAAACCUAUUGAUAACCUCAAACCAGAGGGAGAAUUUUACACUCCAGAAAAGACAAGGUAUCAAGUUUCAGAACGGCCUUCCCAAAUUAAACCUGAGGAUAAUUUGCGACCCGAAGGUGCGUUUACAGUACCAGAGAAGUUAGUAUACAAACCGGCUGAAAAGGUUCAACGUAUCAUAAGGAAAGACAAUCUCCGCUCAGAAGGUGAAAUGAAUUUUGAAAGAAAAGAAGAAUAUACGUUUGUCAUUAGACCUGAUCAGAUUAAACCCACUGAUAAUCUCAAACCCGAGGGUGAUUUCUAUACUCCCGAAAAACCAAAAUAUCAGCCAGCUGAGACUCCGUUAGUUAUUAAACGUGAAGACAACUUGAAGCCUGAAGGUGAGUUUUAUAUACCUGAGAAAACAAGUUAUAGGCCCGCAGAGCGUCCAAUACAAAAGAAGCCUGAAGAUAAUCUUCGAACAGAAGGCGAGUUUUAUUCUCCAGAAAAAUCCGAUUACAUACCCGCCGAACGACCUAUUCAGAAGAAGCCAAAAGAUAACUUACGUCCUGAGGGCGAUUUUUACACACCUGAAAAACCUGAUUAUAGGUCAGCAGAAAAAGUCGAACGUAUUAUUAGGAAGGACAACUUACGCACCGAAGGCGAAAUGACUUUCGAAACAAAAGAAAAAUAUGAAUUUGUUAGCAGGCCGGAUCAAGUGAAGCCUAUUGAUAAUUUAAAGCCAGAAGGAGAGUUUUAUACGCCAGAAAAACCAAAAUUCCAACCCGGUGAACGGCCGUCACAAGUGAACCAUGCAGACAAUCUACGGCCUGAGGGAGAAUUUUAUACACCAGAGAAACCUGGGUAUAAACCCGCCGAACGUCCUGUACAGAAGCGUCCGGAGGAUAAUUUGAAGCCUGAGGGAGAAUUUUAUACACCAGAGAAACCUGGGUAUAAACCCGCCGAACGUCCUGUUGCGAAAAAGCCACAAGAUAAUCUCAAAUCAGAGGGAAAUAUUUAUGUACCAGAAAAAACUGCGUUUAGACCUGCUGAAAAAAGUGAGCGCAUUAUUAGAAAGGACAAUCUUCGUACGGAAGGAGAAAUUAUAUUUACCGAGAAAAGGGAAUAUGAGUUUGUUAAAAAGCCGGAUCAAAUAAAACCUACAGAUAACCUUAAACCCGAAGGCGAAUUUUAUAAAGUGGAGAAGCCUACAUACAAGUCUGGUGAACGACCUGUAGUGAAAAAACCCAAAGACAAUUUAAAAGUGGAGGGUGAAUUUACCGUACCCGAGAAAACAUCAUUUAAGCCCGCCGAGAAAACAAAACGCAUUGUCCGAAAAGAUAAUUUACACAUGGAAGGAGAAAUGUCGUUUGCAGAGAAAAAUCAGUAUCAGUAUGUAAAUAGGCUCGAAAAGGUUGUACCCUCUGAUAAUUUAAGAAUGGAGGGUGAAUUUUACACUCCUGAUAAACCCGGAUUUAAACCGGCUGAAAAAGUGAGACGAGUCAUUCACAAAGAUAAUUUAAGAAUGGAGGGGGAGAUGACCUUUACAGAAACGGAAAAACACGUGGGUGUUAAGAGACCAGAAAAAAUUGUGCCACGUAAUAACCUUAAACCUGAAGGCACUUUCUACAGUAAGGAAAAACAGCAAUAUCAGCCGGCUGAGCGUCCAAAACAAGUAAAACCGGAAGAUAAUCUUAGGCCAGAAGGACACAUGUAUAUUUCAUCUACAGAUAGAACCGAUUCUAAACUUUUGAAAACUGCUACUGAAAAGGUGGUUGUAAAACGUCCAGUAGACAAUCUCAAACUAGAGGGCACUCUUCAGGUUUCCAGAAGAGAUGACUACAAUGAAAAACAAAGUUCAAGACUAGACAGCACUAAAGUAGUACAAAAGACUGUCCGAUCGAAGUAUUCUCAUAACAAAUCAUCUAUAACUCUUGGAGAGGAUAACGCUAUUUUGAAAACAACUAAUCAAAUGAACUUUGUUUCUGGCAAACAAGCAAUUCCUGCCGCAAAUGUAAAUUCGGAUAAACCCGUGGACGGUUUAGUAGUAGUAUCGACGAAAAAGGUAACUACAGUAAUAGGUGGUCGGGUUAAGAAAGAACCUGAAACAGAAUAUGUUAAACGACAAGAGAGAGUGAAUGUCAUAGAAAAUGUUGCAAAGACCAACAAUGUUAAGAACACUGUAAACGUUGAAAAUAAACACGACGAGGCAAUUUCUAUAACCGAAAAUCGUAUUAGAAAGGAAAAUAAAAUAACUGAUACCCGCAUUAACGCUUCAUCGCAUGAGUCCUCCUCGGCACAAUUCAAAACUAGUAAAAUUGGCAACACUUCUGAAAGAGCAUUAUCCAGUACAACAAUAGGAGAAGUCACGAGUCAAACCCACUCCACUCAAUGCAAGUUUGGAGAAAUGCAGAGCGCAUCAGCAAAGCAAAACGCUGCUGGAUCGGGUAAAUUUAUGUCAGAUCAAACACAUUCCACUCAACAAAAAUCCACAGCCGAAAGCUCCUCGUCAGAAACGAAAUCUAGUUCUUCAGCUUCUACAGUAUCCAAACAUUUUCAUCAUCGAAGAAGCGACUUCACUGCCGAUACGAACGUUACGAACUCAGUAUUUCAUCGAAAAUCUGUUUCUAACGAUUCCAAUCAGAUAGGUAGUCUUACAUCGAAUGGUAAAAUUCAUCGCAAGAGUAUUUUAAACUUGCACGAGGAGCCAUCGAGUUCGGUUUUCCCUAGUGAACGUCAAAGCUACAGCAGUAUACAUAGACAAAGUAGAGAACAACAAGAUAAUAACAACUCAUUUUUGGUGAGUGAACGCCGCCACUUUAACACGCUUAGUCAAUUGCAAAGUAGGCAAAGUAGGGAUCAGACUUCGAAAUCCUGCAAUGUUCAUAAAACAUCGUCUUCCAGUGGUAUAGAAUUUCCAUCAUACAGUAAACAUUCCGAACGAACUGUAUCCCGUAGAAAUGUCAACCAAUCAUCGAUUUCUCUAGGUAUAGAUGGAGAUUCGUCUACAACCCUAUACCGUAGUGAAUACAAAACGGUUCCAUCUACAACUUGUGCUAUACACAAAAUCAAAGAAGGUGCAUUCCAACACACUAGAAACACGAACGAACAUAAAUUUUUUAAAACUGUUAAGAAUUAAUUUUCCAACUAACCCACAUACAAUUUUUAAACACAUGUCGACAUAUUAAUCCUUUCUCUCUAAUAUUAUAUUAUAUGUAAAUAUUAAGCAUGCAGAAUUGCCACAUACAAGUAUACAUAUGUAUGUA